AUGACAGAUAUCCUACUCGAUGCGGUUACUUGUCUACCAACCGGUACUUAUUACAGCUUUGUACACGGGGCUGUAAUAAAGAAGGUGUAUGACGGUGAAACCAGUGAUGCCCGUCUUCUUGCAACUCUCUGUGGAAGCCAACUUCCCGGUGUAAUUACAUCUACUCAGAGCAUCAUGUUUGUCCGCCUGCGGUCUGAUCACAGUGGGCAGCAUAAAGGCUUCAGCGCCCGCUUUAGUGAAGCAUGUGGAAGCACUAUUACAACUGCGUCUAUUGGCGGAGUUAUUUCCUCUCCAUUAUAUCCAGCCAAGUACCCAAACAAUCAGAACUGUACAUGGAUUAUCCAAGCCCAGGAUCCUUUCAACCACGUCACCAUUUCUUUUACGGACUUUGAAACUGAAGACAGCAGAAAUUGUUCUAAAGAUUUUGUAGAGAUUUUAGAUGGGAAUAAUUAUGAAUCUCCUUCAAAAGGUCAUUAUUGUGGUAAUUUAAUUCCACAUCCUGUGACGUCUUUCAGCAAUGCACUCGUACUAAAAUUUGUGUCCGAUGACUACACAAGUGGCAAAGGGUUCCACGCCACCUACUCCGCAUCAACAUCAGCAUGUGGAGGCGUUUUACACAUGGACACUGGAGAAUUCAACAGUCCCAGCUAUCCGGAAAAUUAUCCAGCAAAUACGGAGUGUGUUUGGAACAUCCUCAGUUCUCCUGGCAACCGGCUCAUGCUGUCUUUCAUAUCAUUCUCUCUGCAAAUGAGUGAAAACUGUUCAUUAGAUUACGUGGAAAUCAGAGAAGCAAAUGAAACGGGCAUUUUUCUGGGGCGCUUCUGUGGAAAUACAUUGCCAAGUAACGUUUCUUCCAUUAUUGGUCAUAUUCUUUGGAUUAAGUUCGUAUCUGAUGGCUCUAUCAGUGACUCUGGAUUAAGAGCUACUUUCUCUCAUUUGUUUGGAAACAAUAUAGAAGGAACCUACGGGCAAAUUGCGUCUCCCUUAUGGCCCAGGCAGUAUCCACAUCAUUCUAACUACGUGUGGAGAAUUAAUGUGGAGUCAGGACGGAUCAUUGAGAUUAGAAUUUUGGAGAUGGACAUUGAAGGCCACACAACUUGCAGUUCUGACAAGUUGCGAAUAUACGAUGGACCAGACAUUCACUAUCACGUAAUUGGCACAUAUUGUGGAGUUAUGGAGCCUCCUUCCCUCUUCUCCUCUGGCAGCUCUGCAACAGUUCAGUUUACAAGUGACAGCACUAUAAGGAAAAAGGGUUUCCUGUUGGAAUGGACGGCAAUCGACAUAUCACCCGGACCAGUGCCUAAUAUUACGCAAGGAGACAACAACCUUGCACCAGAACUUGCUGUUGUCUGUGGCAGAGAGGCUCCGGGGCCGAUCCGAUCAUCUGGAGAUAGCAUGUUCCUGGUCUUUUCCUCCGAUACAAGUGUUUCUGGAGGAGGCUUUAAUGCAUCUUAUCAUAAAAGCUGUGGUGGAUAUUUACAUGCAAAUAGGGGGCUGAUAACUUCACCAAAUUACCCAGAAAACUACGCGCCCAGCCAGAACUGUACCUGGCACGUGGUGGUCACUGCUGGCUUCACAGUUGCCGUGCAUUUUGAGCAAACAUUUGAAAUACAAAACAAUGAUGCUGCUUGUCACAGUGGGGACUACAUAGAGUGGGCCUCUUCCCCCUCCCAUGGGAAUUGGAGCUCAUUGGAUCAGGUCUUCACUCACCGCUGUGAUAUUUCUGCUUUCUCCAACUCCCCUUUCUGA